CGAACUAAUUUCAUCUCAACUUCGGAUCGGUUACAUAAGACGGGUGAAUUGAUGGUUUUUCAGGUCAAACCAAUUCAGAUCCAGCUCAAUUUAGAGUAAAAUUUUUUAGCCGAGUUAGUUUUUGCAGUUUUUUUUUAAAAAAGUACCUCUACGGUUACGAAAAUUUCUUCAUUGUCUACAUUUUCCCUGUUUGCACUCUUCUCCCUCUCUCUCCUCCAUUGAAGCUUACUCUGAUUUCUUCAUUGAAGGGGCUCGUGAGCUUUCGCUUUUCCAUUGAAGCAGCUUCUGAGUGAAUGGGUUUUUGGACAUUGAUUGAAGGGUUCCUGCUUUUUGCUAAUGCAUUAGCAAUACUAAAUGAGGAUAGAUUUCUCACUCCGAGGGGGCUGAGUUUUGAGGCUACAACAGGGAGAAAAAAGUCGCUUAAACAACAAGCUGUAGGUCUUAUCAAUGUAGCUCAAUACUUCAGGUUGCCCUUGAUAAUUUUGAAUGUUAUCAUGAUCGUAUCAAAGCUGGUUUCUGGAUGAGGUAAAUGGUGAACAGAUUAUAUCCAAAUUAUUCAUUUAACAUAGGACAUCGUCACAUCUGGAUGUUUUGUGCUCAUAUGGCAUCCAAUUUUAUCUUAUUUUUUUGAUACGACAUGGAGAGAGAUGUGUGGGUUUUGUACUUUGCUUUUGAAUCUGUUUAUGUGAUUAUUUAAAGGCAGAACUUAUGUAAAGGAUGUUUUGUAUCUAUUUUUCAGUUUUAUGAAUAACAAAAACUUGAUUUUGUCA